AAACUAAACUAAAAGCAAAAAUUCAUAUAUUUUGUAGUUUUUUUGAACAAAGUUCAAAGUUAUUUUCAAGCACUGUGCCUCUUCGUGUUCUCGCGCGCGCGUGUGUGUGUGAAAAAGUAUCUGUGUAUGUGUGUGUAUUUGUUAAUUUUAGUGUAAAUUCUAAAACAACAAAAACAAUAAUAUGGCUGCCGCAACAGAUGGCUCUGUUGGCUCUGUACGUGCAGCAGCCGCCGCAGCAGCCUCAACAUUACCAUCGAAUGGAACCGGCGGCAACAAAACAACAAAAAUUGCCUCAUCAGCAACAGCGGGCAGCCACUCCUCCUCCUCGUCGUCGUCUGCAACAAAUACUACUGCUGCUGCUUUUCCUUCUUCCUCCUCAUCAUCGUCAUCAUCUUCUGGCUUACCGGCUUCCGUAUCGCAUUUCUAUUAUAAGCAUGGCCUAUUCCUCUCCAGCUAUCCCACAUGUGCCACCAGUAUUGCUCUCAUGGCGAUUUUGCUAUCGUGCUAUCCACUGAUUAAUAUACCGUUGCCGGGUACCAUACCCACUAAAAUAAUCUUGCCCUUUGAAGGGGGUGGAGGAGGACCCGCAUCAUCAAUUCAUCAUAAUGGAACACAGGCAACGAGCACUACAGCAGCCGCAUCAGCAGCCACUUCAUCGUCGGCAUCAUCCACGUCACUACCUCCUGGCAUUGUCCAUCCAUUGCCUAGUAAUAGUAACUCGACUCCGGAUCGCAGUCCACCACCUCUCCUGCCCUGGGCCCAAAGUAGUCCAGCUUUUUUCUAUGUACAACAGAUAACACUGAGAGCCAGUGUCUUGCCCUGGUCAGAUGAGAUGCAGCUAAUGGAUGCGUUUCGUGCUCCGCUCUAUGAAGUCUUUAAAUUGCUUGAAAUUGUGCGCAAUCAUCAGAGUGGCGAAAACCAACGGACACUGGAGCACAAUUGCCUCCAUGUGGAGAAUGUUAAACGUGGCGUCCAAGGGCAACUGGAUCAAAUCUUUCCCGAAUAUGGUUGUUUGCUGUUGUCACCGGCAAAUCUUUGGGCACAAAAUGCGCAAAAUUUCACAAGAGAUACAAAUAUAUUGAAUACAAUAUUUCAAUAUCAUAAUCUGCAAAAAUCGAAAGUGUCGACCGCGGAAAUGCUUUUCGGUCUGCCCAUACAGGAUACGGGCUUUAAGCGUUAUCCUUUGCGGGCCAGAUCACGGAUUAUUCAAUACGCUUUGACGCUGGUGAUGAAGCACAAUGAUGCGGAAUAUUUGGAGACAUUGAAGGAGAAAUUAUUGCGUUAUUAUCCACCGCUGCCAGCAAUGCCAACGGGAGGAUCAUCGCCUGCGGAGGAACCGUCGACCAUAACGUAUAUCUUUUAUCCAGGGGAAUACAAGAUCUGGGAAUUUCUACCACUGACCGUGGCCUUCAUCUUGGUCUUUGUUUAUGUGUAUUUCUCUGUGCGGAAGAUCGAUGUCUUUCGCUCACGGAUGCUAUUGGCCCUGUGCAGUGUCUUCACCACGGGCGGCAGUUUGGCCAUGUCUCUGGGUCUUUGUUUCUUUUUUGGUCUUACCAUAUCGCUGCAAUCGAAGGAUAUAUUCCCGUAUUUGGUUAUAUUGGUUGGUCUGGAGAAUAGUCUCGUCAUUACGCGGAGUGUGGUGUCCAUGAAUGAAACUUUCGAUGUGAAGAUUCGAGUGGCUCAGGCUUUGAGCAAGGAGGGAUGGCACAUUUCAAAGACUUUGCUGACUGAGAUUACCAUUCUGACCAUUGGAUUGGCCACAUUCGUUCCUGUCAUACAAGAAUUUUGCAUAUUCGCCAUUGUCGGCUUACUCUCGGAUUUUAUGCUCCAAAUGCUGCUCUUCUCCACCAUUCUGGCAAUGAAUAUCAAACGUACGGAAUAUACGACGGAAGCAAAACAUUUGCCCAAAAUGAUGUUGAGUUGCACCCAGGGAGGAGGUUCCAAUCGUCAGGAUUUUCGUUUCUUUGGCGCCAAUCCAAGUUUGCCACCCUUUGCUCCAGUGGGACAAUUUCAACGUUCUCAAUCGCAUCCCAAGCUGUGCUUUGCCGAAUCUAUACAUCCGGGAGAACAGCGUUCACUGGUCAAUGGACAUUCGCCUAGUCAAGCUGCUCCUCAUAUACCGAAACGCAUAAAGAUUGUGAAUUUCUGGGCACGCACACGAUUCUUUCAGCGUGCUUUUAUGGUCUGGAUGAUUGUGUGGAUCUGUUCGAUUGUCUACAAUUCCGGAUGUCUGGAACAGUUGUUUAGUAUGCAGGGUAAUGGCACGAUGAGUGCCACCGUCGAGCUACAACGUCGCCUCCAGGCGGGCGGAGGAGCGGUACGAAGUUUUCUUCAGGGUUGGCGGCCAACGACAGCGCCUAGCAGCAGCAGCUAUAAGAGUACUCCGAUGGAAUCCCUCCACGAUGCAGAGAUGAUCAAUGAAACGGCCUCGGAAUUGCUGCGUUUACGUUAUCCCAAUUUCGAGUUGAACUAUUUCCUAUCCAAUUUCCAUUGGUCUACCAUUAUGAAGCAAUACAAUGUUUCGCUAAGUGGUCAAUAUGUCACCCUGUUGCCCACAAUACGUUUGACCCAUGCCAUAACACCCGAGCUGGCCACUCUCUUGCGUAAUCCUCAAGAGCAACUGCAGCAGAAUUUCCAAUGGAAGGCUUUGGCUGCAGCCCUCGAUCCAUUGGACUUUAAUGAUGACGAUGUGCGGCGUGAGUCACCCAUGGUUAUGCCUGGAGGCAUGCCUUUGGUCCCCAAGAGUCCCAUGGAGAUAUUCUUUGCCAUUUUGCUAGCCUGCAUCAGCAUCUUUGUGCUCUGCUAUACUAUGGUGGUCUUUUAUCGAUGCAUCUGCACCCGCAACUAUGCCGAAUGGCGUUCCAGUUGGCAUGAAUCGGAGGCCCCACACAUGAAGACCGAACAGAUUCUGGAGGGUGUGCCCACUCAGAUUGCUGGCCACAAACAUCGCAUCGAGUGUUUGGUCUCAGAUGGGGCCUACAUCAUAAGUUGUUGCCUCAAAGGUCAGAUACGGGUGUGGGAUGCCCGCAGUGGAGAACAAUUGACCAGCAUUGCCAGGUCCGAGAUGCAGAUUGCUACACAACCUCGUCAGGAUGGACAGACGCUAAUGCGUAAGCUGCCAGUCUCACCGGUAUGGUGUCUGGAUUACUUUGAUAAUCUCAUUGCUGUGGGCUGUGCCAAUGGUCGUGUCGAGCUCUGGGAAUCUCCAGCGGGAGUGCUCAAAUGUGCCUAUCAAGAGGAUGCCAAACGAAAUCAAGGCAUCACUCACAUACAUCUCAAUGGAGAUCGGGUGAUUGUAGCACGUCUCAAUGGACGCUUGGAUUUCUAUCGCCUGGAGACGUACUACAAGGGCAAGCAGAUCGAUUGGGGAUUCACCUCGGCCUACAGGAGAACCCAUGUACGCACGGGAUCAACUGGAAGUCUGGGUUUAAUGAUGCCACGUGGCCAGCAUCAAGACAUGUCCCAGAAGACUACCAAGGAGGAGAUGAAAAUCACUUUGGAGGGUGUGCGACUGGCGCAUCAGCAGCCAAUCACUUGCAUGCAAGUGGUCAAUGACAUGGUCUUCACUGGCAGUCAGGAUCACACCCUAAAGGUUUAUUGCCUCAACAAAACGGAUGUGGAGUACACACUGCAUGGCCAUUGUGGACCCAUUACCUGUCUCUUUGUGGAUCGCUGGCAACCGGGAACCGGUGGCUCUGGCUCCCAAGAUGGUCUACUGUGUGUCUGGGAUCUAUUUACGGGCGCCUGCAUGUACAAUAUCCAGGCGCAUGAUGGGGCAGUCAGUUAUUUGGCUUGUGCCCCAAGCUAUGUCAUUUCAUUGGGCACCGAUGAAAGAAUUUGUGUGUGGGAACGCUUUCAGGGCAAUCUGUUGACCACCUUCAACAUCUCUAAUGCCUAUUCAAGUCUGUUAAUGUUGACACCAUCGCUGCUGGUCACCAGCAAAAUGGGCUCCCUCAUUGUGUGGGAUGUGCGUACAGGUCAGCCAGCCCGCGAAGUUAAAUUGGAUUUCUCCAAUCUCCAAUUAUGCCCAAAGAUCAUGAUGCUUGCCUGUGACUCGGUUGUCUGUGAUUAUGGCAAUGAAAUCCGUGUCGUACGCUUUCCCAUUGUGGCCGAUAAAUGCCACUAAAAACAAAACUAAAACAAAAAUAGAAUCAAAAUAAUGAAUUUAUUUUAUACAAAGAUUGAGAUAAUCCUCCUCGUAAUCCCUAAGUUAUCAAAUUUGCAACACUUGACUUUAACGCAUUCAUUUAUUUAUACUUUUGUUAGGGUCCUCUGAACUACUUUUUUAUCCAGUGGCGUUGUGUUUAUAACUAUUAAUUCUUUUUAUUUUAUAUGUAAACAAAAAAAAAAAAACAAAACAAAUGAGCGGCAGAUAGCGUUCAAUUGGGAGAGAGAGACAUAAUGAAUAUAUCUAACUACUAUAUUUUUGCAUAAUUAUUCUACACUACUAUAAAUACUGUACUAUACAAUAGUGUCUUAAAAGCGCCUCAGCCUAACAUUAAUAUUAAUGUUAAAUUACCUAAUAUUUAAAGAAACAAACAAUAUUUAUUAGAAUUGCGUACGCUUAAAUUUUCUAUUUGAAAAGUAAAAUGUAUGAUUUAAACUAAAACAAAC